AUGGGACUAUCCAAGAGAGAGAUUGCAUUACAGCGACGUAAUGCUCGACACUUCUGGGGCACUAUGCUCAUACCUGGUUUAGACAUCUUACGCUCAGAUCUCAUACGUGUGAAAGAGGAGUCAGACAGUCGUCUCAUCCUUUUCAUAUCAGACAUCAAACGGUCACUCAACAAUGUAAGCACUACUGAGAAGGCAAAGGCUUUGCUACUGGAUCUCUUGGUGGUGGCCUCAAGUUUCCUCUCCACUGAUCACAACCAGAUCGAGUGUGGCAAGUAUGCUGAGGAACUUCUCAAGAAGUUGAAUGCCAAGGAGAUGGACAAGGUGGAGGGUGUAAAUCGUGAGAAGGUUGUCAACCUACUCUUUAUCAUUUCAAACUUUGGCAGGAUAAAGGAGUUUGUCUCUGUCGAGAACGAGAAGAUCCAAGACAAGGAAAACACUUCUUUGUCACAUGUGACAACACCAGUCAUCAAACCCUUGAGGUUACCAGAGAGCCAGUCUGAACCUUUUGUGCCCCCUCAUAUCUCUCGAAUGUUGGUUAAGGAUAAAGAGAAUGAAGGUUCCAUACAGCCAAGAGUUAUAGAGAGCUCCAGCUUCUUUGGUGAAGACGAAGAGGACUUUAUCUCUUCAUCCUCCGAUUCUGAAUCAUCUGAUGAUGACGACGAUGAGUCUGACCUUCCUCUGGCCACCAGCAUCACACAACCAAAAGUCGUCACAUUGCAAGAUCCGAGAGUCAACUCGUUAAAAACUGACACGGCCUUCAAGAAGAUAGGAGGAAUCCCACUGAUCAGAUCAGCAAGCUACAGUCCCCAAAAGGCUAUUGAAAUAAAGAAAGAGCUAAGCGGUGGCUUCAAGAAGCUUGCCAGGUCAUACACAGAUAUCCCAACUUUGAGGACAUUGGUUAAGCAAGAAGAGGAACAGAUGGUCAUAUGUAGGAUAUGUGAGGAGAGGAUCGAGACAUCACUAUUUGAGAAGCAUUCCAAGUUGUGUGCAACCACCAAGCAAGAGGACAUGAAGGCCAUGAAUAUCGAUGAUCAACUAAGAGCUAUUGGCACCAUUUUGGCAGAUAGAGGUCAAUUUGAAAUCAAGUCGUUAGUGGACAAUGCAAUCGAGAUGGGGGCACGAGAAGAGAAGGCACUAUUACACGAUCUCAAGACCAAACUAAUACUCGAGACAGCAGAAGAUCUCAAAGGUCUUCUCAAGAAGAUUGAGACAUUGAUUUUGGACAAGUCAGUGGCAUUGGUGAAUUCAGAGCAGGCCAUCAACUCUUCACCAAUAUUGUUCAGAUCUCCAUCAAGAGGAAUGAUUUCUCCACGAACCAGAGAGUACAUUGAGAAUUGUAAUACCAACGUUGGUGGCAGGAGUAGGUCAGACUCUGAUCCAUGCCGCCCCUCAACUUUGGAUCUGAAGACAUCGGUUGGAAUUCCAACUAUUGAUGAUUUCCAGAUCAUCAAACCCAUCACCAAAGGUGGAUUUGGUAAGGUAUAUUUGGCCAAGAAGAAGAAGACCGGAGAUAUAUAUGCAAUCAAACGUCUGAAGAAAUCCGAUAUGAUCAAGAAGAAUCAGGUCGAUCACGUCAAGGUCGAGAGGAAUAUCUUGGCAUAUACAAGCAACCCCUUUGUAGUCAAGAUGUACUAUUCAUUUCAAACAAAAGAUUAUUUCUAUCUAGUUAUGGAGUAUGUCCAUGGUGGAGAUUGCUUUUCUUUGCUCCAGAACCUUGGAGGACUUGAUGAGGACAUGGCCAAGAUGAUCAUUGCUGAGACAGUGCUUGCUCUCGAGUAUCUUCACGGACUUGGAAUUACCCACAGAGACCUUAAACCGGAUAAUCUGCUCAUUGACAAAAAUGGUCACGUCAAGCUAACAGACUUUGGUCUGUCCAAGGUCGGUCUUCUCGAUAUUCAGGGAGUCGUACCACCAAGCUAUCUCAGUCCCAAGCUUUCAUCACAAGUGAAGCCAAAAAACAAGAGACUGUUGCCACUUAUGUCCACCAAGAAGAUGCCAUUGGCUUUCUCAUCGCCAUCAAUACCCAACGCCGCCACCGCGUUCUUUCCCUUUGAGAACAACACCAACAGUUCAUAUGACAAACCUCAUCAACAGCAACAACAUAUCACCUCUGAGAAGGUGGAACCUCCUCAUUCACCAAACAAUAAGAGGUCUCGUAUGCUGAGCUGUGUUGGUACACCAGACUAUCUCGCACCGGAAAUCCUUCUUGGCAUUGGACAUGGAAAAGAAGUGGAUUGGUUCUCGGUUGGAGUCAUGCUCUACGAGUUCCUGACAGGCUUGCCGCCAUUCAGCGCUGACACUGUUGAGGCCACCUUCCAGAACAUCUUGCAGAGGAACAUAAAGUAUCCCGACGAUAUGUCUGAUGAAGCUAGGGAUAUCAUUGACAAGCUACUGGCAUUGAAUCCUCAAUCGAGAUUGGGCUACAAUGGUGCAGAUGAGGUGAAGAGCCAUCCUUUCUUCCAGGACAUUGAUUGGGCAACGAUAAGAACGCAGAAUACCUACUUUAAGCCAGUCCUCCAGGAUUUACAAGAUACCAGUUACUUUGAUGCCAGGAAACCUUUCUAUGACCUUCGAAUAUCUGAUGAUUCAAACAGCAACAGCCCACAGAUAAACAUACCACUGAAUGGAGAGAUAGAACUGAAUAAGCUGGUGGAUGAUUUCUUAUAUGUCAACUUUCAGACUGCCUCCAGACUCAGUCUUUUUCUCAGCCUCUCGCAGCAUUUCUUUCAACUGCGUCACAAUCUGUUGCCAGACACCAAGUUCUUGGCGUCAGAGUCACUCGUGCUCUCUAAAGAUGCUGCGCAAAAGGACACAACAUCGAUACCAGUAUCGGUCAGGAGGUUAAUACUGGACAACUUCUUCAAUUUACAGCUUCACUCACAUGUUAUCCCUCACUCGACAACCGAGCUCAUCCUUGGACAGGCUUUCGAUCAACCGCUGGAUGAACACUCGAUCCCAUCCUCAGUGGUCGAAUGUUUAACCAAAGGAUACCUUGCGGAUCGAUUCCAACAUCAGUCUUAA